GUUAUUAUGGAAGAAGUAACAGAGGAAUGAGAGUAAAGAAUUCAGUGGUAUACAUGUGGAACAAGUCCACAAGCAAACGAAUGGAGGAGUAGACAGCUUCACCUGCUUCCUCGUCGUUAUCUCUAUCAUCUCUUUCCUCCGUUCACUCACAUUCACAAAAUCCCCAUGUCCUGUUUGAACUCCAAGAAGAAAACCCCAAGUUUUUACAGUGAAUUAAUCAGUUAAUACCUCAAAAAAAGAGGAUUUUAUAGAGCUUUGGAGUGAACUGUGGACACCAUUUGGUUCAGAAAGAGGAAAAAUUGAUUCUUUUCAUAGACCCAAUUUACAGAAUUCAAUUUGGGGGGGAAAUGGAGGGGUUUAAUCAAGAACGGCGGGUGAAUGCUGCGGCGGCGGAGGUGGUGGAGGAGGUGGAGGUGGAGGAGAGUAGUGAUGAUUGUAGUUCGGAGGAUGAAGGUACUGAUGAUUACAGGAGGGGAGGUUAUCAUGCUGUUCGAAUAGGUGAUAGUUUUAAUGGAGGUAGAUAUGUGGUACAGAGUAAGCUUGGUUGGGGUCAUUUCUCUACUGUUUGGUUGGCUUGGGAUACUCUAUUGUCUCGAUUUGUGGCAUUGAAAGUGCAAAAGAGUGCUCAGCAUUACACGGAAGCAGCGAUGGAUGAGAUCACUAUUCUAAAACAGAUUGCAGAAUGCGAUCAGGAUGAUAAAAAAUGUGUUGUGAAGUUACUGGAUAAUUUUAAGCACUCAGGUCCAAAUGGGCAACAUGUGUGUAUGGUUUUUGAGUAUUUGGGUGACAAUCUCUUGACACUUCUUAAAUAUACUGAUUAUCAUGGACUGCCUAUUCAUAUGGUUAAAGAGCUCUGUUAUCAUGUUCUAGUGGGAUUGGAUUAUUUGCAUAGACAGCUUUCGAUCAUACACACCGAUUUGAAACCCGAGAACGUACUUCUCUGUUCCACAAUAGAUCCAUCUAAGGAUCCCCGAAAAUCUGGAACACCUCUUAUACUUUCUAGUCAUAAGGAUAUAACCACGCUGGAUGGCGGGUCUGUGAAGGGUUAUGUAACAUCAAAUGGAAAUUUGACGAAGAACCACAAUAAGAAGAUUAGACGAAAGGCCAAACAAGCAGCUCAAUGUUUUGUGGGAAAAGAAUCUUCUCUCGGGACUAAGGGUGGACAAGAUAGCUCAGCUUCUGCGGAGUCAUCUGUCAGUGCAAAAUCAAAUUCGGAUAUGUUGAAUAGUUCUAAUAGAAUGUCAAAUGCUGAUACUGCAAAAGGCAGCGGGAAAGAAUAUGAGGGUCCUAAGAGAGGCAGUCGUUCUACAAGGAGGAAGCUAUUGGAGGCAGUCGACCUUAAAUGCAAAGUUGUUGACUUUGGCAGUGCUUGUUGGACAUACAAACAGUUCACGGAUGAUAUUCAAACUAGACAGUACAGGUGUCCUGAAGUUAUCCUUGGAUCAAAAUAUUCAACCUCAGCAGAUCUUUGGUCCUUCGCUUGCAUUUGUUUUGAGCUUGCAACUGGCGAUGUGUUAUUUGAUCCUCACAGUGGUGAUAACUUUGACAGAGAUGAGGAUCACUUAGCACUGAUGAUGGAGCUUAUAGGAAUGAUGCCACGAAAAAUUGCCUUGGGUGGUCGUUAUUCACGUGAUUUAUUCAAUAGACAUGGUGAUUUGAGGCACAUUAGACGGUUGCGCUUUUGGCCCUUAAAGAAGGUUCUAGUAGAGAAAUAUGAAUUCAGCGAGCAAGACGCAAAGGACUUGUCUGAUUUUCUGGUCCCAAUACUUGAUUUUGUCCCAGAGAAACGGCCUACUGCAGCUCAGUGCCUUCUUCACUCAUGGAUCAAUGCAGGUCCACGACUGUUGGAACUUUCCUUGCCUGAUGCACAAUCUAAAGCCGUUGACGCUCUAAACUCUGACCAAACUAAGAAACAGAAUGAAGAAGAGAGGGAGGUAAUGGAGGUUGGAAUUGGGAAAAUAGCUAUCAGCAAGAACAUAAAAAAUUUCAGAAGUUACUCAGUCAAAUUCUGAUACUUGGCAGUUUAUAAGUUUUAACCUAUGUUGCUCGGACUCUUCAAGAUUGCCAAUGGGUGCAUGUCGGAUCCCUCAAAAGUAGUGCAUUUCUGGAAGAUCCAACACAGACACGACAGCAUUUUUGGAGAGUCCAAACAAACAUAGGUUUUAACCACUUCGUCUCAAAUAGAUGUCCAAGAACAUGCCCUUACAGCAUCUUUCUCCAAGAUGAUGUUUGACAGCGUGCUCUACAAUUCAUUAGCAUAAGGAACCAUGUAACUCUUCUUGCCAAAAACAAGGGACCUACUACUUAUCCUAGAGUUAUCAGGUACGAUAAAAGAGUCUCCUCUCUUUCUUGUCUCUCCAAGUUUCUAAGAUUAAGUUGCACUUCCGCUAUGCAAUCAUCUAUCCCAUGGUUACACAAAUGAGUAUACUACUAGGUAAAUGUGAAAGUAAAAACGCGUGUCAUGUGUAUGUGGACCAAUAUAAAAGAGUCAUCCCCCCUUUGUGUGUCUCUUCGAGUUUCUAGUACUAAGUAGCACUUCUGCUAUUCAAUCAUCUUCUCAUUGAAUGAACUCCAUGGCUUCACAAAUGAAGAUGUUACAAGGUAAAUGUUUGUGUGUAGGGGACCAAUAUAAAAGAGUCAUCCCCUCUUUGUGUGUCUCUUCGAGUUUCUACUACUAAGUAUCAUUUCUGCUAUUCAAUCAUCUUGUCGUUGAACAAAUGUCAUGGUUCUACCACAAGGAUACUAUUAGGUAAAUGUGCGUGUGAAAAGGUGUCCGCGGGGACCAAAUCUAUGAGCUGCUCCAGAACAAGCAUGCAAGGACACUGCAGAUUUUCGCGGUCCAGAGCUGAAAGCAAUUUAUCAAUUCAUUGGACCAUAUACAGGUAACUAUCCAACUAUAGCACACUUAGCUCUUGAAUCCUUGUUAUGUUUACAUAAAAUUCAUAAAUUAUUUCGAUACAAAGCUUAUCGCGAGCAUUUUUAAUAUAAAGUUUAUUUGUUCACA